CUUCACAAUUCAGUCUGAUCGCGACGGUCGUGUAGGAUGGUCGUGUGGUGAUUUGUUCAUUGCUUGUGUAACUUGUAUUUUGACGCCACGUGCAAUUUUUCGCUUUUGCCAUCGUCGCGAUUAUUCGUGGCCGAAUUUUUAUCACCGAUUCGGAUUACAAUAAACGAGAGGACAUACGAUUGAUUGAGUUUCACUGUCAGGAAGCAGUGUGUUGAAUGUCAGGAAUCGCUGGCUGGAUCUUCUCUGCAUAUAUGUCCUGCAUAGCACCGUGAUCAACUGCAGUAACCGCCUGGAAAGUGGAGAACCUGAGUUCGAGUCCCGAGUCAAGCUGCCUUUACUUCCAACUUACAACCAUGGUAUGACACAUUGAAUUGAGGUAGCCAGCCUAUAAACGCCCAUUACCAGCCACCGUCAUGAGCAAGCUAUUUCAAUUUCUGCUUCUCCUCCUGCUGUUGGGUGUCAAUGCCAGACGAACUGAUGGAGAGAGACCUGCGGAUGACGCAUACGACAGCCAGCAGCAGCGUCGUGGCUCCGUUCACAAGUCCAAUUACAAUGGCAAUAGUAAUCAUCACAAUCAUCAGUCGAAUUCGCCAUAUUUGCCGUAUCAGCAGCCUAGAGAGAGGAAGCCCAAUAUCGUGUUGAUUUUGACGGACGAUCAAGAUGUCGAACUAGGUUCAUUGAACUUUAUGCCACGGACCCUCAGGCGAAUAAGGGAUGAGGGCGCCGAGUUAAGACACGCAUACGUGACCACUCCUAUGUGUUGCCCGAGUAGGAGUUCUCUGCUGACCGGUCGUUACGUUCACAAUCACGAGGUCUUUACGAACAACGACAACUGCAGCAGUCCCCAGUGGCAGCGAGAUCACGAGCCUCACUCCUUCGCUGCUUACUUAAGCAACGCUGGAUAUCGAACAGGAUACUUUGGCAAGUAUUUGAACAAGUACAAUGGCUCGUAUAUACCACCGGGAUGGCGAGAAUGGGGUGGUCUUAUAAUGAACUCGCGCUACUACAACUACAGCGUCAAUAUGAACGGCAAGAAGAUAAAGCACGGCUUCGAGUACAGCAGAGACUAUUAUCCGGACUUGAUAGCCAACGACAGCGUGGCUUUCCUAAGGCAGAGCAAACACAAUUUUGCCCGAAAACCGGUUAUGUUAGUCGCAAGCUUUCCAGCUCCGCAUGGUCCGGAGGAUUCGGCGCCGCAGUUUUCGCAUCUCUUCUUCAAUGUGACCACUCAUCACACACCAGCGUACGACUAUGCACCGAAUCCCGAUAAGCAAUGGAUACUUCAAGUUACGCAAAAAAUGCAACCUAUCCAUAAACAAUUUACAGAUCUCUUAAUGACGAAACGACUGCAAACUUUACAAAGUGUCGAUGCUGCCGUAGAUAGAAUUUAUCAAGAAUUGAAAGAUUUGGGUGAACUGGAUAAUACGUACAUUAUUUAUACGUCUGAUCAUGGAUAUCAUUUGGGACAGUUUGGGCUUAUAAAAGGCAAGAGCUUUCCGUUCGAGUUCGACGUAAGGGUACCAUUUCUCAUUAGAGGUCCUGGCAUCGAACCUGGAUCCAUAAUAGAUGACAUAGUUUUGAACAUCGAUCUGGCGCCGACGUUCUUGGAUAUUGCCGGCGUCGAAACGCCACCACAGAUGGAUGGUCGUUCCUUCAAGAAACUCUUUCUCAAUAGCAAGCACGGCAGAAGGUCGAAGUUCAAGUGGCCUGAUACAUUCCUGAUCGAGUCUUCUGGCCGUCGUGAGACUCCAGAAUCUAUCGCUGAAUCGAAGGCACGGGAAGCUAAGAGACAAAAUGCCACACAGAUCAAGCAGCCACCGAGCUCGACACCAGAAGAGGAUGAUGAUAUCCCUGAUACAGAUGCGGAUGUUGAAGCGGAGCAUCGAUUUACAGAAAGUGAUAUCGGAAGUGAUCAGGACAUUUCAGACGAUGAAGAAGUUGAAGAUUCGAUUAUGGACGAGACAAGCUCGGAUCCGCAUCUCGACAAUAGGGUGCAUGGUAUGCACACGCCCUUCGCGACCAAGCACGAACGUCUCGCGGCGGAGUGCUCGCGACCGGAAACGCAAGCCAAUUGUCUUCCCGGACAGAAGUGGCGAUGCGAGAGGGAUGGACAUCGGUGGCGACGACACAAGUGUAGAUACGCGGUGCCGCCCCCGCAAAGGGUGUCCAAGAAGUGCGCUUGUUUCACACCCCACGGGGUGGUCUACACGAGGCUCGAAUCCAACGAUUACGACGGGCAAAGAUACAGUCCUCCAAGAGAUCGCCGACCUGCGGAUUACGGUGACACAUCGGGAUAUUUCAACAAACGAGGCAAGCGAGAAAUAUUGGAUGAGGAAUUUGGCGAUUAUUUCAAUUUGGAGGACGAACCGGAUAGGCGUGCAAUUGAUGAAGAAGAUGACGAGAACUUUCUUCAGGAGCUGGAUCUAUUGACGCAGGAAGUGAAGGAAGAGACUGCACAAUCUAGAAAUAAUAAUGGAAUAAGACUCAUGGACGUUCGUGACGAUGAAAGCAACGGGCAAGGUAAACCUGCCGUUGAUUAUUUAGAUUACGGCUACACUAUGAACGACUUCGAUCUUACCUUGGAUAAGGUCAUUAAAGGUCGGCUAAAUGUAGACGAUGUGAUAAAAAGGCAUCGGAGAGUACGGAGAAGUGUUAUGAAGAAGGAUUCUAUAGAGCACGUCACGAAGAUAAUGGAGAGCAUAGAGGAAGAAUUAGAUGACUUAAAGCAAACUCAAGUUCGUCAUUCAUCCGAGAUAGAGAAGACGCUAUCGCCAAAAUGUCUAGUUUUACCGGAAGGCGGCGUAAAUUGUACCGAAGCUGUAUAUCAGGAUCCUAACGAAUGGCGGAUAUCGAGACGAGAGAUCGAACAGCAAAUUCGGGAGAUGCGGAUGCAGCUGGAAACGUUGAAAGAGAUUCGCCGGCACUUGAUGAUCAAACGACCGCAGUUUGCGGACAAUGAGGAGAAGCUUGCCGAUGCGGAAGAAACUCUUGAUUCGCAUAAGACUCAUCAUCUGCCAAAGGGUCACGUGAGUCGUCAUCAUAAAAAACAUGAUAAAAUUGCUCACACCACCGUGGAUCGCGAUACGACUACAGAAUCCGCUGCGAAGAUCGAUGCAACUCUAAGUAAUGAGAAAGUAUCGAUGGAAGAGAAGCUCGAUAAAUACAAUACAACUUCUUUUGAGGCUUUUACCGCCGAAACUGUUAUCGAAACAUCAACGACGACAAUUUUAACAACGGUUAAGCCAAAGAAAACGCCCCGUCGCCAAAAGAUUAAAGAAACAUCCGCAAACAGAACGGAAAUCGAAGAUGAUAAAUCGCAAAGGCGCAGAAAAGUGCAUCACCAUCGUAAAAACAACACGCUGCUUACAAAUAGUGUUCACGAUAAUGUCCUUCGCGUGAAUACAACCGAUAUUAGCGAUAUAACAUUGUCUACUCGAGAUCCUACGACUAGUGAGAGACACACUUAUAGUCGACAAAAAUUCACAACUGUUCCUACUACAAUUGCGGAAGCAAGUACUUCGAGACGAGAAUUUAUCGAUGCAUCCAAGACCAGUAGCGACUUGAAUCAAGAUCAUAUUACAGAAUCAAUUGCAGUUACUGAAUCGGGAACGACUAUAACGAUGACUUCGAUACACACAAUAGAGAACGUGCCGAGAACCAGCGCAACUAUUGGUAAAGGUUCAAGUUCUAAUCGAUCUCGGAGUACAUUCCUGACGAUACCGACGACUACGCCAUUGCCGAGGAAAUUUUCCAAGAUACAGAGGAACAGGACGUCGGGAAUUCUCGGACCAGCAAGGAUAGACGUUACCAUUCUCGAAGCUCCCGACAGAAAACAUAAACAGGGUAUAACUACAAUCAGUAAUAACGGCCGUUUACCGCCGAUAAUGAACAAUCCGUUAGAAGCUCGACACAAGUGCUAUUGCGCGCCAGAUACGAAGAGAGACGAGAAGGAACUGGCUAGAGAGGAGAGACGCAGAUUGAAGGAAGAACGUUUAAAGAAAAAGGAGCGAAAGCUCAGGAAGAAGGCUAAGCUAGAGAAGGAAUGUCUGACAGAGAGAAUGAACUGUUUCGAGCACGAUAAUGAUCACUGGCGUACGGCACCUCUGUGGAACGCGGGACCAUUCUGUUUUUGCAUGAAUGCUAAUAAUAACACAUAUUCCUGCGUACGCACAAUCAACGUGACGCACAAUUUCCUUUAUUGCGAGUUCACGACGGGAUUAGUGACGUAUUAUAAUUUAAGAAUCGAUCCAUUCGAACAGUGGAAUAGAAUAUCGUCUUUGACAUCUUCCGAAAAAUCCUAUUUGCACGAUCAAUUGGAGCACUUAAAGGGAUGUAAAGGUACAUGGGAUUGUACAGUCGGCAGCGCUAGGGAGGCCAUGCCGCAGCUACAACAACAUCAACGGUAUAUCUCGAAGAGAAAAUAUAGCGAUGCGUUCGAAGAUAUAUUUGUACCUUCGGCGUUGCAAAUUAUACGCGAGAGCGAACUCGGCAGCCCAUCAAAUAAAAGACGGAAGAAGUUACAAAAUUGGAACAGGCGCAGUAGAAGCUGGCAAAGUAGCUGGAGACAUCAUCAAGAUAUAAUGAAUCCCCGACGUCAUAACAAUAGACAUCAGUAUUGAUCAAUAUACUUUUUUUUUAUGUUCGCUUUAACAACUGCGUAAAAAAAAUGCCUUAGGUAUACAUUGAUUUCGCAAUGCAUUUAAUAGUCUAAUUUAUUUAGUGAUAAAUAACAAGAAUACCAUGGUGAUAUUUAAAUUAAUAAUCUUUCGAUCCUGCAUAUAGUAGAUGUUCAUCAUUCGCAUCAUGCAUGUUUUUAAUAUAAUAUUUUGUGGCAACUAUUGAAUUUAGCUAUAGGAAUUUUACGUGCACUACAUAUGAAGCACACAUUUAAAUUUAUAGAUAUGCAAAUACAUUUUAUGUUAUUGGAAUUAUACAAUUAAAGACAUAAAGAAGUGAUUUUUUUUUCCUUUUUAUAUUAUUUAUGAGAAAUUUUCUCGAAAUACUUAGUAAAUAAAUAGAAAUUUUAGAUAAAAAGCUUAUCUAAUCAUAUUUCGAGAUAUGCAUGACGUAUAAUUGCAAUUCUUCGUAAAUUAAUUAAAUAAUAUUAUUACAUUUUUUAAUAUAAACGUAUCGACAUAAACUAAUGUUAAAAUAUUUUUUGGUUGAAAAUUUUUUGACUACGACAAAUAAAUUAUUAUUAGAAUCAGCUAUCUAAUAGAAGACUGUGAAUGCACAACGAAAAAAAAAUGACUCGAUCUUCCCUUGCCAAUUGUGAUCUUUCUGCGAUUAUUAUUUACAUAAUAAUUGGAAAGAAAUGUUUGUCAAAUGCUGCCAAUUUAAUUUUUACUCCUAUUGCCUUCAUAUGAAAUAUGAAAAUACAGAUGCUCUUAUAAUGCACACUGCCAAAAAAUUUUACCAAGUAUUGAUAUUCAUUAUAUAUCUUGAUAUUCAUUCUAGAACAAGGAUGGAUGAUCUAAACUUUUUAAUGAAAUUUUUCUCAAGAUUGGAAAUUGUAAAUAUCAUUGCAUGUAUAAUUAUAGAAUUUUUAUUUGGAAUCUUAUUUUAAUUUCAUGUAGUAUGUCACCAUUUUAUAUUGCUUUAAUGACACAGCUAUUUUAAUAGCAAAAUAAUUAUUAGCAAUGUACAAUAUUAGGGAAAGUAAAAUGCUGAUAUACAUAUGUGUUUGAAAAAGUUAUUAGAUAACAAUUUUUAAAAGAGAAGAAAUAUAAAGAUAAUAUGCAUAUGUAAGUUGACAUUUAAAUAUUGCUUAAAGCAUAAUUAUAAGUUUUCUCUAAUUUAUGUUUUUAAAUAAUAUAACUAUUUUAUGAAAACUUUAUUUAUUGUCUAUAAAAUACAUAUUAUAAUGCUGUAAAAAACUUAAGAUCCUAUGUAGCAAUAGCAAUUAAUCUUCUAAUCAGCAUUCUAUUUUUCCUAACAAAAUUAUCUACAUCGUAUAUUAAAUUGUUGUUCAUCUAUUUUCAUCGAAGCAAAUGUAAUAGGAGGAAAUUAUAUGUAUUCAAAUCGUUUAGAAUUUAGAAGAUAAACAUUUUGUCCAUGUAGUAUGAUAUACUACACAUUUCUCUCUUUGAUUAUAAGAGAAGAGGCAAAUUAAACUAAAAUCAUUAUUUACCACAAAAACUCAAUCAUAUAUAUUAUAGUUACCACAAAAACUCAAUCAUAUAUACAUAUGUGUAUGUAUAUAGAAUGAGACGUAGACAAAUAAUUUAAUGUUUAAUUGAAAUUGUAGAAUGUUGAACAAAUUCAUAUGUGGAAGAAAUAAUUCAAUAAAUAUUUUUUUGAAUUUUGUAUACAUUGAAUUCUGUAAUAAAAUGUUACUUUUCAGAAAA